UGGACAAGGGAUGAGAUAUAGCCUACGAGCGCCUAACACAGGACACCAACACAUGUAACGUGGACGAGGACUAUACUCGGUAUUUAACCACUUUGGAUCAAGAUAAAUUAUUUACAAAAAACAUGUUGGAUUGACUGGAGAAAAACUCGUUAGGUAAUAUUAUCGCUCCAGGAAAGCGAGAGGGAGGAGAGUGAGCGCGCGCCUCUGUCUGUUUGUGUGUGUGUGUGAGUGAAAGGAGAGAGAGAGGGAGGGGAGGGAGGUGGGAUCGGGAAAGAUAUAUUCUUUCAGCGAUGGAAGUCACAAUGGAAAACCUUGGCAACCUUCACGGCAUCUCGCACUCACAGGCGGGGGACCUGAUGAGCUCCUCACACGCUCGGCAUUCCUCCGCCCCUUCUCACCGGAACCUAGUUACUCACGCGCACGGCCGGUCGGCGAUGGUGUCCAGCAUGGCCUCGAUACUGGAUGGUACCGGGGACUACCGGACAGACCCCUCGUCGCUCUCCGGCCACCUUCACCCGGCCAUGAGCAUGUGCGAGUCCGGGAUGAGCCUGAGCAACACCUACACCACCUUGACACCUCUCCAGCACCUACCUCCCAUAUCCACUGUCUCCGACAAGUUCCACCACCCACACCCCCACCACCACGCAGCCGCCCAACAGCGACUCUCCGCGGGGAAUGUCAGCGGGAGCUUCACGUUGAUGAGGGAUGACCACCGGGGGCUGGCGUCUAUGGGCAACCUAUAUUGCCACUACCCCAAAGAUAUGUCCGGCAUGGGCCAUGGGUCCCUCUCCCCGCUGUCCAACGGCCUCGGCUCUUUGCACAACUCCCAGCAGACGCUCUCAGCCUACGGUCCAAGUAAUCACCUCUCCAAUGAUGCCAAGAUGCUCUCCCCCGUGACAGGCUUCGAGUCCCACGCCGCGAUGCUGUCUCGGAGCGAGGAGCACAUUGCCAGGAGUUUAGGUGGCCAUGGGCACGGCAUGAUCUCCAACCUCAACGGGAUGCACCAUACGCACAGCCACCUCCACUCCCAGGCCAAUGGGGCAGCGAUGCUGGCCGACCGGGAGAGGCACGGCGCUGGGGCCGGCCAGGGAGGAGGGUCAGGUGGGCAGGCGGAGGAGAUCAACACUAAGGAGGUGGCUCAGCGGAUAACAGCGGAGCUGAAGCGCUACUCCAUCCCCCAGGCGAUUUUCGCACAGAGGAUCCUAUGUCGGUCCCAAGGAACCCUCUCGGAUCUUCUGCGGAACCCCAAGCCAUGGAGUAAACUCAAGUCUGGCAGGGAGACGUUCAGGAGGAUGUGGAAGUGGCUCCAGGAGCCCGAGUUUCAGCGGAUGUCUGCCCUUCGGUUGGCUGCCUGUAAGCGGAAGGAGCAGGACCAGGGUCGUGAAAGGAACCUGGUCCCCAAGAAACAACGUCUGGUGUUCACCGACCUGCAGCGCCGCACGCUGGCGGCUAUCUUUAGGGAGAACCGCCGGCCCUCCAAGGAGAUGCAGAUCACCAUCAGCCAGCAGCUGGGCUUGGAGCUCUCCACCGUCUCAAAUUUCUUCAUGAAUGCACGGCGACGCUGCCACGACCGCUGGGGGUCCACCGGAGGCGCUGAGGGGAACGAGCACGGGGGUGUGCAUGGGAACGUGCAUGGGCACGGUCACAUGCACGCUCAUGGGAACAACGCCGGUUCAUCCACGGCGCAACCGGGUACCUCCUCUGCUACCACCUUCUCCAAGGAAUGAGAGAGAAAGGAAGGGGGUGGGAGAGGAUGGAGGGGUUUGGAUCUAAAGCAGUGGUCACUGACCCUGGUGUGCAGGCUUUUUGUCCAGCUCAGCUGAUUCAACUCCUGGUCUUGAUGAAUUGAAUCAGGUGUCUAUGACCAUUGGCCUGAAGGUGUUCUCUUUUUGUGUUGGAUCUCACCCUUUACUCCAUUUUGUUUUGUCCAUCAGAAACCAAAGAGAAACCAACAGGUCUGAGAGCGGAAGGGUGUAUUGGUGUCCCAAAUUAUCCUCAGACCCUUAAGUUUGAGCAAAUCUGUCUCUACCCC